UUUUUUUUUUUUUUUAGAAAUUAUAGUCGACGGGACCAUCUCGCUUGACUCAUCCCUCAGCGCGCUUUGAAGUCUAGGCCCUAUUGGUCAUAUCAGCUUCCAGAACUGUCCACGGUUAUCGUUAAAGGCCUGGAAGUAUUAAUUAAUAGGCACCAGCUACGGGUCGUAAGUGGUUAACACUGUGCCUAUACCGGGUCGGCGGGUCCUUGCUCGCUCGACCUUCGUUCCCCAGCCUCGCUUUGCUUCAUCCUCACCACACGUCCUUGGGAAUAAGCGGUCUUUUCGGCGACAUUUUGAGCCGCUGCCAUGCGCCGUGCCGCUACUAAAACUCUCCGGACCACCGUUCAAUGCACCGUUCGGGGUCUUCGAGCUAGCCGCCGGGCUGCUCUCGUGCAGGGCACUGUCGCCGCCUACGCUCGCCCUACCGCCCUUCGAUACCUCUCCUCGACUUCGCCCGUUCGCUCUGGCUGUCGGCGGCCCGACGACAAUGUGCUAGGCGAGCCUAUGCGGUCUUCAAUGUACUUCCGUCGCGCUUCUUUCGCCUUGGUUUCGGCCCUGGUGGGUUACGGGGCCUGGUACUCAUACGGCGGCAACAGCACCGACGCCCUUCUCUCGCGAAGCUACUCGUCCUCGACGUCCUCGGCCGAUACCUCUGCCCCCACCCGCUCUGUGCUCGUUAUUGGCGCAGACGAGCUGCACACGGGCACCUUCGUCGGCGAAGGCCCCAUCUCCAAAACCACUGACGGCGACGGACAGAGGGUGCUCGAAAUGCUGACCCCGGAGCAGGCGACCCAGAAGCUGCGAAAGAGCGAGGAGUCGUACUUUGUGAACCGGGGCCAGGGCGUGCUUCGAUACGAUAUUGUUCAAUUGCCGAGCAAUGAUCCCAUCGAGGAUGACCAUGCGGAGAAGAUUGUCGAGAUGCCCAGCAGUAGAGCCGCCGAUGGCAGCGGAAACAGCGACUGGAUGUUCUGGGGCGUCUUUGACGGCCAUUCAGGAUGGACGACCUCGGCCAAGCUGCGACAGACCCUGAUCAGCUUUGUUGCUCGAGAGCUUAACGAAACUUACAAGGCUGCCAGCGGACUGACGCCAUCCCAGGACGCAGUCGAGGCCGCCAUCAAAACCGGUUUCCUACGGCUAGAUGAUGAGAUUGUCCACCAGAGUGUGCAAAAGGUUCUGAAAUCCAACAGCAAAAUUGUUGGUGCCGAGAUGCUAGCACCGGCGCUAUCGGGCUCCUGCGCUCUAUUAUCCUUUUACGACAGCAGGUCCAAGCUACUACGGGUGGCAUGCACGGGCGAUUCUCGGGCAGUUCUAGGACGCCGCUCGGCGUCUGGCAAAUGGACGGCGACGCCUUUGUCGGUUGACCAGACCGGAAGCAACCCUGACGAGGCGGCGAGGAUGAGAAAGCAACAUCCAGGUGAAGAGCACGUUGUGCGUAACGGCCGCGUUCUUGGAGGGUUGGAGCCGACACGCGCAUUUGGCGAUGCCGUCUACAAGUGGCCGCGAGAUAUUGCCGAGAGACUUAAGCAGCAGUUCUUCGGCAAGACCGUCUCCCCCUUUCUGAAGACGCCGCCAUAUGUCACUGCCGAGCCUGUCGUCACUACCACCAAGAUUGAGCCCGAGAAGGGCGACUUUGUCGUCAUGGCGACUGAUGGCCUUUGGGAGAUGCUGACCAAUGAGGAGGUCAUCGGACUCGUUGGCAAGUGGAUCGAGAGCCAGGCAAGCACGACAGCGAACUCGCAAUUCGACUCGGUCUGGUCUAAGGUCUUUGGCUCUCGGGAUGCCGGGCUCCCCGUCGAGGCGAGCAACGCCGGCAACGGCGGCGAUUCGGGCGGCCAGAAAACGCCUUUCCGCUUGCGACAGUGGGGCGUCUCUCCGGACGAGUUAGACCGCUUCGUAGUCAAGGACAAGAAUGUCGCUACGCACCUGAUCCGCAACGCACUUGGCGGAAAGAACCAGGAGCAGAUUUCUGCUCUCUUGACACUUCCGUCCCCGUACUCGAGGCGGUAUCGCGACGACUUGACCGUGCAGGUCAUUUUUUUCGGUUACGGCGAAAAGACAGGCGAGGUUGUCAUCAACAAGGAGGCAACGGCGGAUGCAAUGGCGUCUCUCAAGGCAAAGCUAUGAGUAGUAGGCAUUGCCCUUGUUGAGCUGUCAAUGUUCUACCUUGGUAUUAAAUGGCUAGUUUAGCGCUUGGUCGGGGAUAGCGAAUGGGAUCCCUAGCGAAGAGUGGGUCGUUUUUCUUCUUGUGUAGGUAUGGAUUCGUCAUUGGGCUGCCAGCGUAUUGUUCAGGAAGGGUCCCACGGAGUUUGCAGGAAUGGUAUUUAGGGGAAUACGAAAGGCAUUGUGACCAGUUGUAAUCUCGAGGUCGCACACCAAAUGCUUCCGAUUCAGGUAUAGGACGUCCCUUGUCUAUUUUGGCAAGGUACAGAUAUUUGGCGAGUCAACGGUUAUGCAAGCCCCCGUGCCAAGUUGCAAUUCAAAGCUAAGGCAAGGUACAUCUUAUCUGGGUAAGGUACCUCGCCUACCAGCGUCCUAAGGCGUUAACAGUCGCCACAAGUGGGUAUAGCGCAUAUUUGGUCACUUAUUCGGGUCACCUGCAGUCUUAUCA